AUGGCGGAAAUUCGAAGCGAACCGCUCGACUUCAGUCACAAGGAUGAGGUCACCCAAACCAAAGCCAACAACUUGACCAUCGCAAAUGCCAAACUUGCCACCGAGAAGGAGCACAACAUGACCCUCUUGCAGGGUAUCAAGUUGUAUCCCAAGGCUGUCUUCUGGAGUAUCCUUAUCUCGACCUGUAUCGCCAUGGAAGGUUACGACGUCUGUCUCCUUGGUGCCUUCUACGCCCACCCCAAGUUCAACGAGAAAUAUGGUGUACUGUUGGCCGAUGGAACAUAUCAGGUCCCUGCGCGCUGGCAAGCAGGUCUCAGCAACGGAGCCAAUGUUGGUGAGAUUAUUGGUCUCUUCAUCAACGGUUUCGUCUCUGAGCGCUUCGGCUACCGCUACACUGUUAUGACUUGUCUGGUCAUGAUCGCCGCUGUCACUGCUGUCUUCUUCACUGCACAGAACGUCCAGACCCUGUUGGUUGCCGAGAUCCUUUGCGGUAUUCCAUGGGGCAUUUUCCAAACCCUUACAGUAACCUACGCUUCCGAGGUCUGCCCUGUCGCUCUCCGUGGAUACCUUACAACCUACGUCAACUUCUGCUGGGGAAUGGGCCAGGCCAUUGGUAUUGGUGUCGUGAAGUCUCUGCUCCACCGCAACGAUCAAUGGGCAUACCGCAUCCCCUACGCUCUCCAAUGGAUGUGGCCCGUUCCUCUCCUUAUUGGAAUCACCUUCGCUCCCGAGAGCCCUUGGUGGUUGGUCAGAAAGGGCAGAAUCGAUGAUGCCAAGAAGGCUCUCCUUCGCCUGACCAGCUUGAACCGCGAGACCGACUUCGAUGCUGAUGAAACCAUCGACAUGAUGGUUCACACCACCAAGCUCGAGGAGAAGAUCACCACCGGCUCAAGCUACUGGGACUGCUUCAAGGGGACCGAUCUACGCCGUACCGAGAUUGUCUGCAUGGUCUGGGCCAUUCAGAACCUCAGUGGAAACUCCUUCUCUGGAUACUCGACUUACUUCCUUGAGCAAGCUGGUCUUGACCCCGGCAAGGCUAUGGAUUUCGCAGUUGGACAAUACGGCAUCAACAUGGCUGGUGUGUUCGGCGCGUGGUUCCUCAUGAGCAUCGGCAUUGGUCGCAGAACUCUCUACUUGGUCGGUCUCUGUGGUCUCUGCACCAUGCUUCUCAUCAUGGGCUUCCUCGGACUUGUUCCCCACGCCCACAAGGACUCGGCAUCUCUCGCUACCGGCUCGAUGAUGCUGAUCUGGGCUUUGUGCUACCAGCUGUCUGUCGGAACUGUCUGCUACUCCCUCGUCUCCGAGAUCUCGACCCGCCGCCUGCAAAUCAAGACCAUCGUUCUUGGACGCAACCUGUACAACAUUGUUGGCAUUGUCUGCAGUGUGUUGACUCCCUACAUGCUCAACCCAAGCGCAUGGGCCUGGGGCAACUACGCCGGUUUCUUCUGGGCCGGCAGUUGCUUCUUGUGCAUCAUCUACACCUACUUCCGUGUACCUGAGCCCAGCGGUCGCACUUUCGCCGAGCUUGACAUGCUCUUCGAAAAGAAGAUCAGCGCAAGAAAGUUCGCAAAGACCCAAGUCGACGUGUUCGCCGAGAACGUAGAGAAGGUUGAGGUCCACCACAACGAGAAAAUCGAUGUUUGA